AUGGGGCAAGAACAUCCUUGGUGGGGAAAUUUUGGUGGUCCAAAACAAAAAGGUAUUGUCACCUAUUCACUAUCACCUUAUCAACAACGACCUUUUGCAAAUGUGUUUAAAGAAGGAGUAUUUAACGUUUAUAGAAGAACUAAAGCUCAAAUAUUUUACGUUGGUGUUCCUAUUUCAAUUGGUUAUUUAAUUUAUGAUUACCAUAAGAAAAGACAUGAAUAUUUGUAUUCAAAAGCUGAAUAA